AAUGGGCUGUUUUGGACAAAAGAAGUUUAAAACCCCAUCUCCUCCCCAAACCUCUGACUAUGAAGAAGCUGCUUUUUCAGCCAACCAAGGGAACCUGGAACCCAAGAGUCUCAAGCAAGAACUUCUGCUACAAAUUCCUGCAUGUACUGUCCAUCUUAUGGAGGAAGGAGAAGCUGUGGAACUUGCCAAUGGUGAGUUCACACUUCUCAGGAUCUCUGAUGAGAAUGUUUUUCUUGCUACCAUCAUCAAGGUUGGGGAUGAUCUUCAGUGGCCUCUAACUAAGGAUGAACCAGUAGUGAAGCUUGAUUCUCUUCACUAUCUCUUCUCCCUGCCGAUGAAGGAUGGUGAUCCUCUGAGCUAUGGAGUGACUUUCUCAGAACAGCAUGGUGGCAAUCUGGGCUUGCUGGAUUCUUUCCUGAAGGAACACUCUUGCUUUUCGGGUUUGUCAUCAGCUCGAAACAAAGGUGUUGACUGGAAGGAGUAUGCCCCGAGGAUUGAAGACUAUAAUGGAGUUCUGGCCAAGGCAAUUGGAGGAGGUACUGGUCAGAUUGUCAAGGGGAUCUUCAAAUGUAGCAAUGCUUACACCAACCAGGUUCAAAAAGGAGGAGAAAUGAUAUUAACCAAAGCUGCAGAGGAGAAAAAUGGUGCCACAGCAAGGGAGAAUAAAAACAAAGGUGUGGGAACCACAAAGAAGAGUGGAGCCCAUAAAAGCUUGAAACGUGUGAGAAAACUGUCCAAGAUGACAGAAAAGAUCAGCAAAGCUAUGCUGGAUGGGGUUGGUCUCGCCACUGGUUCAGUGAUGGCCCCCUUGGUCAAGUCCCAGACAGGAAAGGCCUUUCUAGCCAUGGUUCCUGGAGAGGUCCUUUUGGCUUCACUUGAUGCAGUCAACACUGUUCUAGAUGCAGCAGAAGUAGCUGAAAAACAAGCUUUUUCUGCCACCUCUGGUGCUGCCACCAGAAUGGUCAGUAAGAGAUUUGGGGAGAGUGCAGGGGAGGCAACAGAAGAUGCAUUUGCAACAGUGGGGCAUUGUGCUGGCACAGUUUGGAAUAUCUUCAAGAUAAGAAAAGCCAUCAACCCAGCAUCAUCUGUUACUUCAGGGGUAUUGAAGAAUGCAGCAAAGAAUAGAAAAAGAAAUUCUUAAGGGCUUUUGUAACAGAUUAGUUAAAAAACUGUGAUCAUCUCUCCAUUUCAUCUGUUUCUAGUAUUUCUAAUGGUUCUCUGCAUCAUCAAGACCUGCAACUUUUAUGUCACUGCCAUGGAAUUGAAUUGAAUUGAAUCAACUCACUCUGCUUCA